UCCCUUCCCGUCGAUCCUUUGUACGAAAAUCGAUUUACGUCGCAUGUGAGAUCCAAUACCACGCGGUUCUAGUGCCGGGCAGUUCAAUAAAGCAACGGCGGAUCUCGCGGUUCGGUUUGGUUCUCUUUACAGUUUCUGUGUAUUGUUUUCAACUUGGCAACUUUCAGACGGCCCGCCUCGCUGUUGUCGCAAAAGUAUAAUUCGCAGCCAUGUUGUCAUUCAUUCUCAUCCAGAACCGACAGGGUAAAACCCGUCUAGCAAAGUGGUACGUCCCCUACAGCGACGAAGAAAAGAUCAAGCUCAAAGGCGAGAUCCACCGCCUAGUAGCCCCCCGCGACCAAAAAUACCAAUCCAACUUUGUCGAGUUCCGCAACCACAAGGUCGUGUACCGACGAUACGCGGGCCUGUUCUUUUGCGCCUGCGUCGACACGAACGACAACGAGCUAGCCUAUUUGGAGGCCAUCCAUUUCUUUGUCGAAGUGCUGGACAGCUUCUUCGGCAACGUCUGCGAGCUGGACUUGGUCUUCAACUUUUACAAGGUGUACGCCAUCCUGGACGAGGUCUUCUUGGCGGGCGAGAUUGAGGAGACGAGUAAACAGGUUGUGCUGACGAGGUUGGAGCAUUUGGAUAAGCUGGAAUGA